AUGUCGUCGUCCGGCGCUCCUGCCGCUCCUCCGGCUUCAGUUGCGUCGUCUUUGCAGUCUUCACAUCCUCCCGCGCGAGAUGAGGGGGAGUUCGCUGAGUUGGUCGACUCGGCGUCCCGGGCUCGCGGGGUCAGCGAUGGGCAGGAGCACCCUGUCAUCGAUCUGACAACUUCCCGUGGGUUCGACCGGGAGUCCGAGUCGGCAUCUCGCACUUCUCCUCGCCGCUCGCCGAGUCCGCGUGGUGACACCACUUCGGACGCCGCCGACCUUGGUCGGUCGGACUCGGCUAGGCCGGUGAGUCUCGACUCUCUCGCUGCGCUGAUCCAUGCGCAGUCCGACCUCGAGGAACGGUUGAAGACUGUCGAGGAGGAGCGUGACCGAUGGAAAGCCGAGUCGAAGAAGUCGUCCCCUCUCCUGACCAGCUUCCGGAAGGUGAUGGCCGAGUCUGAAGCUUCCUUGAAGUCGGCCAGCAAGUUUCAGGAUGAUAAAGUGAAGUCGGCUCUCGCUCACGCUAAGGAUCUCGGCAGGCAGCUCAGGGAACGCAACUCGGAGAUUGAGCGUUUGACUCAGCUUCUUUCGGCUCGUGACGCCGAGUACGCUGUGCUCCAGGGGAUCUCGACCAAGCACUUCGAGCAACUGCAGGAGUCGGCUCGGCUACUCAUUUCUGGAGACGCCCAGCCUCUCCGUGAUGCCAAGGCUACCAUCAAACACCAGCGUGAGGUCAUCCUCCGGCAGAAUCGUGUCAUUUCUCGCAUGGGUCUUUUACCAAUGCACGACCCUCACAUGGCAUUGUGGUGA